GGAGGCCUGAGCUCAGCAGGGCUCCCGCGUCCCCCUGGCGUCCGGAAACCCGCGGCCCGCGGCGGGGGUCAGGGCCCCGGCCGCGCUUCCUCCCCUCAAGGAGAGCGCGGGGGACCCCUCCGGGAGAGGGGCUGCCCUGCCGCGGGCCGCGCUCGCUCGGAGCCGCCUUGGGCUGAGGGUUCAGGAGGGGAAAGCAGACAGAUGCUUGUGAGUGCCCCAUGGCUGCAGCUGCCUCAGUUCAUCCAUUUAUUGCCUAUUGUAACUUGGAAGCAUUCUUCAGGUCAGUUCAUCUUCUGGGACCGGUCCCUGCCUUCUGGUUAAGGAAUCCAUGUGCGCAUACAGGAUGACUCAGCAGUGGGAUGGAUGUUCAGAUACCAGAAAGGUGCUGGUAACUUGACAGGAACUUCCACAUUCUUUGGAGAAACCUACUGUACGUGAGACCUUUCAGGAAUCUGCAGUUUGAAUACAUCGGAUCGUGCCAGUACCCGAAACUUUCAUGAUGAAGAGAACUAGGCAGAAAGUUGUGGUUGAUGAUGAAGCCCCUCAAACAUCACAGAAAAGCAAAAAACAGAAAACUUGUUCAUAUGGCUCAGUGUUUGGUGAAUCUGACUUGCACGCCUCAGUGGACUGGGGAAACCUUCCGCACCACGUUAUUCUGCGUAUUUUUCAGUUUCUACCUUUAGUAGAUCGAGCCAGGGCAUCUUCUGUUUGUCGAAGAUGGAAUGAAAUUUUUCACAUCCCAGAUCUCUGGAGGAGAUUUGAAUUUGAACUUAGCCAGCCAGCUACUUCUUACUUAAAGUCUACACAUCCUGAUCUUAUUCAGCAGAUUAUCAAGAGACAUGCUGAUCAUCUGCAGUACGUCAGCUUCAAGGUUGACAGUAGUACUGAGUCAGCAGAAGCAGCCUGUGACAUCCUUUCUCAGUUGGUGAACUGUUCUAUCAAGACGCUGGGUUUGAUUUCUACAGCAAAACCAAGCUUCAUGAAUGUCUCUAAGGCUCAUUUUGCUUCAGCACUGACAGUAGUUUUUGUAAACUCCAAGUCAUUAUCGUCAAUCAAGAUAGAUGACACGCCACUUGAUGAUCCUUCCUUGAAGGUUCUUGUUGCUAACAAUAGUGAUACUCUGAAACUGCUAAAAAUGAGCAGCUGUCCUCAUGUAUCACCUGCUGGAAUUCUUUGUGUGGCUGACCAGUGUCAUGGACUUAAGGAGCUGGCUUUGAACUAUUACAUAUUAAGUGAUGAACUACUGCUGGCUCUUUCAAGUGAAAAACAUGUUGAUCUUGAACACCUUCGCAUAGAUGUUGUGAGUGAAAAUCCCGGACAAGUUGAAUUUCACACUAUUAAAAAGCAAAGCUGGGAUGCUCUUGUUAAACACUCCCCCAAAGUCAACAUUGUGAUGUAUUUCUUCUUAUAUGAAGAAGAAUUUGAUGCUUUCUUCAGAGAGGAAACCCCUGUUACACACCUUUACUUCGGUCGUGCAGUAAGCAAAGCAAUGUUAGGUCGUAUUGGCAUGAAUUGCCCGAGGUUAAUUGAGUUGGUUGUGUGUGCUAAUGGACUUCAGCCUUUGGAUGACGAACUUAUUCGGAUCGCGGAGCGCUGUAAGAACUUAACAGCGAUGGGACUUGGUGAAUGUGAAGUAACUUGCAGAGGUUUUAUUGAAUUUGUAAAGAUGUGUGGAGGCAGGCUUACCCAGCUUUCUAUAAUGGAGGAGGUGCUGAUUCCAGAUAACGAUUAUAGCUUAGAUCGACUUCAUUUGGAAGUCUCCAAACACCUUGGAAGAAUAUGGUUUCCCGAUAUGAUGCCAACGUGGUAAAUUCUCUAUAUUCAUGGAUAAAACGGUAGAAUCAGGGUGUUGCUUUCUAUGCAAAUAAAGAAUUUAAAAAUGAAAUAUGGAAACUUAUUUCCAGAUUUGAGUUUUUCUACCUUGAGAACCUCUGGUAGAAUAACAGCAAAACAUUCUAGAAUGUUAAUGGUAUAUUGAAAUAGAAAAUAGAUUAAGUGUACUUAACACUUCUGAAAGUAUGUCUGGUUUACAGGUGCUUCAAACUUCAGUGAACUUUGGCUUCUCUGAGCUUCAGUUUGAAUGCUCCAUUUGUAUUAAAGACUUCUUUUUUUCAUGUCUUUCUUCAGUCUUUCUGAUGUAGUCAGAAGAGGACUAGAGAAACUUUUUCCUUUUAGCAAAUCUAACUUUAUGGGAAGCUGGAUAUGACUGGGAGUUCAGGAGAACUGUGUUAUGUGUCAUGAUGUUUUAUGCAGCUAUUUUUUCAAAAUAUUCAUGUUAUAAAUGUAAAAGCUUGUACAUUAAUAUACAUGCACUGGCCCAGGUUACUCAAAUAUAAUCUGUCUUAAACUUAAGCCAGUAUAUUAAAAUGUUCUGGUAAAUAAGCUUACACAUACAAAAAAAUUCCAGUUUUAUAUUGCACUUGAAUUUUGUCAGAUUAGCUAAACUGUAUAGACUGCAUUGUACAGUAUGUUGUUUUUCUGUCUUAUGCAUUAAAUGGGUGGGGAAGUGACCUUUUAAUAAAUGUAAAAGUUUGGAUCUAGAUUGAUUUCUUGGGUGAAUGACAAAGCACUUUGGAAUCUGCCAGAGUAUAGGGAAUAGUUCCUGGGUUUGAGAGAGUUCAAGUCUUUGAUUACAGAGGUUGAUACCUGAAUGCUGUUCCAUGCUUUUAUUAUGGAGAGAUAAGAAGGAUCUUGUAAAUGUGGCUAGUGAGAAGGAAGGACCAGAUGGAAUACAGUUGUCUUCGAUCACUUUCUCUCUGGAAUCAAGGGUUUAGAGCACUAAAAAAAAAAAAGUAUUUGCCUGUUAGAGGCCAAAAUGGCCUGUAGUAAUCUUGCCUGUAUCUUGCACAGCUGUGCUGUAAGCCCUGAUUUCUAGAGUAAGGAUUGCUGGAGGUGAUCCUGAAAUUUUUAAUUCGGGACUGUUUAAUACUUGUUAUUAAUUUUUGAGGUUUUUGAGGAAGCAGAUUUUAUUUUCUUUGUUUUCUUUAAAGGGGAAGGGAAUGGUGAGUCGAUGUGAAUUAGAAUAUGUAUUUUUAUGUUGAUGUUUUGCACACUGUAAACUGAAAUGCAUCAAAUACAAAUUUUGCUGUAAUUAUUUUCA